GACUACAAUUUGAGCGCCCUUGAGGCUGCAUGGAAUAACAAACAACUGCAACAGUAUAGGCCUACGUGCUGAUGUAGAUUGAACCUGUCCAUUCUAUAACAAAUUGUUCAGCUCAAACCUCGACGGAGAUUUUCAUUGUUUACAGAUUGACGAGUGGAUUGUGGUUCCUGUCACCGAAUAAAAGACAAACAAAAAUCACCCUCACCAAAAUGUACCAAGCGAUCAUCCUGCUUCUUAUAAUGAGGGCUACGGUAAACGCUCAAGAUCAUGAUGUACGCCUAUCACAUAUCGGCGGCAAACAGGGUCGAGUCGAGGUCCUGAACAACGGUCAAUGGGGCACUGUCUGCAGGGAUGGUUGGAGCUUCUUUGACGCCUUGGUGGUGUGCAAGCAACUCGGAUUCCCAUGGCUUGCCAAGUACGGAUGGAAGCAUGAUGCAGGCAACGGGACGGGACCGGUCUGGCUGAGUAACGUAAGGUGUAAUGGGUCGGAGACCAGACUGGACGAGUGCGCAAACGACGGAUGGAUGGAGCACCAGUGUGUGGAUACCAGUCAUGCCGCUGCAGUGAAGUGCCUGGACCAGGACGAAUGGAAAGAUGAAUUUGCUGGAAUAUUUCUUGCCGAUGGUGGCAGCUUUAAUGGCGAAUACGAAGGACGGGUGAUGGUAAACCUGCAUACCGACGACUGGCAGCAGCGGUUCCUGAUAUGCGAUCAGGGCUGGGACCUGGCUGACGCUAACGCCAUCUGCCGCAUGAAACACCUACCGUCAGCACUACGGGCUACCACCAGCUCCUACUUCGGGAAAUACGACCCGCAUAUAACCACGUAUACGCAUGUUUCAAAUGUAUCUUAUCUGGCCACCGAUUUCGCCUGCACUGGUAAUGAGAGCCACAUCGCUCAGUGUCCCGCCAAGGCUUGGUUCCAGGAUGAAUGUCCGACUGGACGCACUGCUGGAGUGAUAUGCAAUAGGAUUGAAGAGUCCGAAGAAUUCCAGCUGAGACUCGUGAAUGGCUCGACCCCGAACGAGGGCCGAGUGGAGGUAUUUACCAACGGAACCUGGGGGAGUAUUUGUUUGGAUGGUUCGUGGAGCAUCGGGUACCCGGAGAGUAACGUGAUUUGCCGGCAGCUGGGGUUUGGCUACGGCCUGGAGACACCGACGGACGACCGGUUCGGUCGCACCGACGGCCCGGUGGCCUUAAGCGGUUACAUCACUUGCGCUGGGGGUGAAUCCUCCUUCGCCCAAUGUUACAUCGCCACGUUAGUAUAUGAUGAAUAUAAUACGCCUGAUAAAGAAUGCUUCAACAAGGAGGACAGUUACCAAGCUGGCGUCAUUUGCAGUGGACCAGUUCCUGAGUCACGAAGUCCCGUGAGGACCAGCUAUAAUGGGGGUGGCCACGUCUUAAUCCACCACGAUGGACGUUGGGGGACAAUCUGCAAGGCUGGCUGGACCCUGGCCAACGCACAAGUGGUCUGCAGGGAGCUGGGAUUUCGAGCCCCAGAAGAAGCUUUGGUGGAUGGUCGUUGGCCUGGAGACGGACCCAUAUUCCUGAGCGGUGUGUCUUGUAAGGGAGACGAGGAUGCCUUGGACCAGUGUGAUCUGGGAGAAUGGUACCAACACGACUGUACCCACUCAAUGGACGUGUAUGUAAUCUGCGCUGCCGAUUGCGUGGUGACUUCAUUUAUCGCUCUGCUGACGAGCUUGGUAACCGCCCUUUGGCUCCUGCAGUAGAAGAUUGGGUACACUGCGUUUCAAAACAGAUUCAACACGAGUGACAUGACAACAAUCCAUCCCUCUUACCUAUAAAACGUGUAUCAAAUUUUCAAUGCACAAAAUGUUAGCGUGGCUUAGUGCAUGCAAGUGUAGAGUGCAAGACCUUUUGCAUUAUGGCUUUGACUUGGAGGAGGCGUCUCUUACGGUUAUUUGUACCGAAUUAAGAGUAACAAUAUACAUACUGAAGGAUACCUAGCAUGGUAUGAGACGAAGGGGUACCCCCAUCUCCCUUUACCCUAUUCAAACCCUAGACUAUAUUAUUGUUACCGAACACAUUCCCCUAGUUAUCUCAAAAGAAUUCCUGAGAUUCUGGUAACUCAAAUACCAACACAAAGGAGGGGGAGGGGGUGCCCUCCGUCUCAUAUCGUGCUGCAUAAUGACUGAAGAAAAAGGGUCGAAAUAGCAUAGCAUACUCCAAAAGCAUAGCACAUGUCAUUUGAUUAUUUGUGAGUUUAAUAUAAAGUGGUGAUUUAGAAAUUUCUGGCUUGUCACUUAUAUGGAGCAGCUUUCGUCGUUAAACUCAAAACUUUUUUUUAUAUAACUUGAUUAGGCUUUAGUUUGUAGACGUCCGUGUGGCCCUCUAAACUCGCUUCAUUAUAUUCGAUGUGAGGAUGGAACUCUUUGAAACAAUCGACAUUCAACUUUACCGCAAUGUUGCCAUAAGAUAUUUGAUAUUUCACAACCUAAUAAACUUGAACUAUUUUUAAAUUCACAUGUAUGUGAUCGUGAAGGCAUUAAGUUGAAUGCUGGGGGAUUUGUUUAA